GUAGCGCAGUGCGGGCGGCGGCGGCUGCUCAGCGGUACUCGGAGCGCGGGGGGGCCGUUCCCUCAGAGCGCCUCGCCUGGAGCCCCUCCCUGCCGCCUUCGCCGCGCUCCCGCCCCUCGGGCCGAGGCUGUCACCGCGCCUGCCGCCGGGCGCCGCCAGCAUGUUUGACAGGACGCGGCUGCCCUUCGUGGCGCUGGACGUGCUCUGCGUGCUGCUGGCUGGCUUACCCCUUGGUGUUCUAAACUUGGCCAAAAUAAAACCGUAUCAGAGAGGCUUUUUCUGUAAUGAUGACAGCAUCAAGUAUCCGUUCCAUGACAGUACCAUCACAUCCACUGUCCUCUACACAGUGGGGUUCACCCUGCCCAUUUUCUCUAUAAUCGUAGGAGAGACUCUCUCGGUCUUUUAUAAUAAUUUGCACUCAAAUUCAUUUGUCAGAAAUAACUACAUAGCCACUAUUUACAAAGCCAUUGGGACCUUCAUUUUUGGGGCAGCUGCUAGCCAGUCGUUGACAGACAUUGCGAAGUACUCCAUAGGUAGACUGCGUCCUCACUUCAUUGCUGUGUGCCAGCCUGACUGGACAAGGAUAAACUGCAGCCUGGGCUACAUUGAGAACUUCACUUGCCAUGGGGACAAAGCAAAAAUCAAUGAGGGAAGACUAUCAUUUUAUUCUGGCCAUUCUUCAUUCUCCAUGUACUGCAUGCUCUUCGUAGCACUUUACCUUCAGGCAAGAAUGAAAGGAGACUGGGCAAGACUCGUACGUCCUACUAUACAGUUUGGUCUUAUUGCUGCAUCUAUCUAUGUGGGUCUCUCACGUGUUUCUGACUACAAGCAUCACUGGAGUGAUGUUCUAACAGGACUGAUCCAGGGUGCAGUGGUAGCUGUGCUCAUUGUUGUGUAUGUGUCAGACUUCUUCAAAGUGAGAGGAUGUACAUUUCAACCAAAAGAAGAUUCCCAUACAACUCUACAUGAGACUCCAACAAAUGGAAAUCACUUUGGCAGCAAUCAUCAACCAUGAAGAAUGACCCAUAUCACCUACACUGCUCUGAAAGAAAACAAUUUCACAAGUCUAACUCUGUAAUAUAAGUAAUUGCCUUUAAGGGACUGCUGCUGCUCUUGGAUGCUCACUUUACCUGUAUAUAGUAACAUCUACCACAGUUAUUGUACAUCUAAACUUUAAAUUUCUGUUGGUUCAAGCUCUUGCUUAAAAGAAAGCUAUUACAACUGUAAAUUUUUAUUGAAAACUGUAACAAGUUAUAUUACAUACACUGCUGUUUGUACAUGCCUUGCUGAAUCAACUGUGGUUUAAGUAAACACCAUUAAAAAGAAUUACUUGAUAUGGAA